UCCUCUCUCUCUCUUUGUCUCUUUCUUUCUCUCUCUGUCUGCUUAGAGGUUUCGGUAUCGGUUUCGUUCGUAAUCGAAAGGGAGAGAGUUUCCAUGGCGUCGUCAGCUGAAGCUUUGAGCUUGGCCUUCUAGCUGAUUGAUCAACCAUGGUCUUAUGAUUUUCACCGCCCCUAAUCAAGCUCCAGGUCGUUGAUUGUUCUCUCUCUCUUCCAGCUUCUGAUUUUGUUUUGGGAGAAGGUUGCUGAUUUCUCAGGCGGGGAUUUGAAAAUUAGGGUUUUCAGAUUGGGGGUUGGAUCAGUAAUGGAAUAAUGGCUGGGGGGGCUCUUGUCAUGUAAUUAGCAACUUGUUCGUAGAGAGACUCAGUUUCUUCAUCUUCUCUUCCUGAAUCUUAGAAUAUACCAACUCUGCUCACGUCUGCUAAUUGCUUUCACGAGUAAUAAAGAUCCCAAGGAGUAGACUUUGUUUGUUUACCACAAGUGAAAGGAAGAGCCUUUUUGUUGUUGUUGUUGUUUAUUAAUGGGUGAGGAGUUAGCUGACACAAUGAACCUAGAUUUGAAUUUAGGGCCUGGUCCUGAUGAGUCAGAUCUCCAGCCGACCCUGAAUGAAACUGUGAAUCUGGCUGAUUGGACUAAUGAGCCGUCUGAGAGAUCCUCCGACGCUGUGACGAGGAUCAGAACUCGGCAUAGGACGCGGUUCAGACAACUUAAUCUCCCCAUACCAAUUCUAUCUGAAACCCAUAUGGCUAUAGAACUGAACCAGUUGAUGGGAAGUCCUGUAACCGGAGCUGCUUUGCAGACUGGUGAAGGCAGUGAAAGAGGCAAUGAGGAUCUCAAAAUGUGCGAGAACGGAGAUGGAGCCAUUGGAGACGGUGUGUCAGAGAAGAAAGCGGAUGUGGAGAAAAGCAGUGGCAGCGAUGGUAACUUCUUCGAUUGUAAUAUAUGUUUGGAUUUGUCAAAGGAGCCGGUUCUCACCUGCUGUGGCCAUCUUUACUGUUGGCCUUGUCUGUUCCAAUGGCUACAAAUCUCGGAAGCUAAGGAAUGUCCGGUCUGCAAAGGAGAGGUGACUCCUAAAACAGUGACACCAAUAUAUGGGCGUGGGAACCAUAAAAGAGAAGUUGAAGAGAGUUUAGAUACCAAGAUCCCAAUGAGACCGCAUGCGAGACGCAUCGAGAGUUUGAGGAAUACUAUUCAAAGGUCGCCUUUUACAAUACCAAUGGAAGAGAUGAUUAGACGUAUACAGAAUAGGUUCGAGAGGGAUUCAACCCCUGUCCCUGAUUUUACUAACCGCGAGGCAUCAGAAAGAGGAAACGAUCGAGCCAACUCGAUUCUUAACCGGUUGAUGACUUCUAGAGGAGUUAGAUCAGAGCAGAACCAGGCUAGCGCUGCAGCAGCAGCCAUUGCAGCAGCAUCAGAGGAUAUUAAUCUAAACCCGGACAUUGCUGCUCCUGAUCUUGAAGGAGAGACCACCACAAGAUUCCACCCUCUGUUGAUCAGGAGACAGUUACAGUCACACAGAGUGGCUCGGAUCUCGAACUUCACAUCUGCACUGAGUUCUGCUGAGAGGCUUGUAGACGCGUAUUUUAGAACUCAUACAUUGGGGAGGAGCCACCAAGAGCUAAACCAUCAUUCUCCUGUUGUGGUUGAUGAUAGAGACUCAUUCUCGAGCAUUGCAGCUGUGAUAAACUCUGAGAGUCAAGUGGAUACUGCAGUUGAGAUUGAUUCAAUGGUCACUCUUUCGACAUCUUCAUCGAGGAGAAGGAAUGAGAAUGGCUCCAGGGUUUCUGAUGUAGACAGUGCAGAUUCUCGCCCGCCUAGGAGAAGGAGAUUUACUUGAAACAAAAGCUUUCAAUCUGUGGAAGAUGAUGAUGAUGAGGACUAAGACUGUAACUGUAUUUUUCUUUUGUUGCUUGUUGGUUUGUUGUAUUUUUAUUUGUAAUUUUCGCAAUAGGGAUGGUAUUUUUAAUAAAAGUUUCUUAUCUUUUUUUCA